GAAGAGUUAAGUCGUCAGUUGCCACUCAUUCCUCGAACGUGGUUAAGCAACAUGGCAACCGGCGAUAACAGAAAAGUUGCUCUGAUAACAGGUAUCACCGGACAAAGUUUUUACUGGAAAAGGGAUAUGAUGUGCAUGGCAUUAUCAGGCGAGCUAGUUCAUUCAAUACCGCACGUAUUCAGCAUCUUUAUGAAGAUCCAAAAUGUCACCGUCAGGGUAAAAUGAAAUUGCAUUAUGGUGAUAUGACUGAUUCUAGCAGUUUGAUCAAGGUCAUUAGCCAGGUACAACCAACAGAGAUUUAUAAUUUGGCAGCCCAGAGUCAUGUUAUGGUAAGCUUUGAAGUAAGUGAAUACACUGCGGAAGUAGAUGCAGUAGGAACCGUAAGAUUAUUAGAUGCAAUACGUACAUGUGGUUUAGAAAAAUCUAUAAAAUUUUAUCACGCGUCAACAUCUGAACUUUAUGGUAAAGUGAAUUGUGUUCCGCAAAAUGAGAAAACGUCAUUUUAUCCGCGCUCUCCAUACGCUUGCGCCAAACUUUAUAGCUUUUGGAUUGUUGUAAACUAUAGAGAAGCUUACAAUAUGUUUGCAUGUAAUGGAAUAUUGUUCAAUCACGAGAGCCCACGAAGAGGAGAGAACUUUGUCACUAGAAAGAUCACCAGGUCUAUAGCAAAAAUACAACUUGGUCUAUUGGAUGUGCUUGAAUUAGGAAAUUUAGAUGCAAAACGCGAUUGGGGCCAUGCCAAAGACUAUGUAGAAGCAAUGUGGCUAAUGCUUCAACAAACAGAACCAGAUGAUUAUGUUAUAGCAACAGGAGAGACACAUAGUGUCAGAGAAUUUGUGGAAGUAGCAUUUAAUUAUGUGGAUCGCACGAUUAAAUGGGAAGGAGAAGGUGUGAAUGAAGUAGGACGAGAUGAACAAACUGGAAAAAUAUUGGUUCGUUUAAACCCAAAAUAUUUCCGUCCGACCGAAGUGGACAUACUUAUGGGUGAUGCAUCUAAAGCAAGAAACAAAUUUGGUUGGAAACCAACAAUCACAUUCACAGAUCUUGUAAAAGAUAUGAUGGAGUCUGACUUGGAAUUGAUGCGAAAAAAUCCAAACGCCUAAGAGCAUCGCGUAAAUUACUGCACAACCAAAUGCAUUUCCAAAAUACCUUAUUUCCAUAAAGUAUCAGUAUUUAAAGGCUGAGUGAGCUCAAUAUGAACUCUUAAUGAGGUCAUCAGUUUCUAAUGAUAUAGAUAGAUACGUAUAUUGCCGAUGCCUGAUAUGGGCCUCAUUUGAGGGAUGCUAUCCUAUAAAAUGGGAAGGGAAUAUAGAGUGCAGAGAUGUGACCAAUCAUUUAUCCGUUCUGAUUUCAAACGGCCGAGUUUUGCGAUUGAAUGGAGCAUAGUUUAUGAAGAGAUUUUUUAUCUCAAACUUGUUAUAACUUAAAUGAAUAUGUUAUAAUUCCAUUGAAAUUGUAUACUACUCUUAAAAUUUAGUUAUUAUAAAUGUAAUUAUAUAUUUUUCUUAUAAUAUUGAGGUUACAUUUAUUGGCUGAAAUUAAUAAAACUUGAUUUUUCA